CUGAUCAGAAAAGGAUUAUAGAUUUUAAAACGUGAUUCUUUCCUUUUCCAGAUUAGUUAUGCGAAUUUUUUUAAACGGUUUAGAUCAUUAAAAGAAAAUAAAGUAGAAAGGAAAAAGGAAAAAUAGGAUCCAUAAAACCUUAUAUAAGGAAGGCUAAGGUAUUCUAUUUUGUUUCAUUCACACAUUCAUCAAAGCUUUCUCAUUCAGCUAGUUUAAGAUUUUGCUUCCAAAGCGUUCUCUCUUCGAUCAUACUUGUAAUGAGGAUGAUGAGUUUCCUGUUUGCGAUGAUGAUGAGCUUCGUGGUUCUCUCGGGUUGCUGCUCAGCGAAGGUCUAUAAAGUGGGAGACUUCGAGGGAUGGAUUGCAAAAGACGACGUCUAUUACGCUUGGGCCGAGACCGACCAUAAAGAGUUCCACGUUGGAGAUUCUCUGGUCUUCGAAUACGAUCCCAUCAUCAACGACGUGACUCAUGUUUCCGGGGCUCUCGAAUACGAGUUUUGCGACUAUUCUUCUCCUAAAGCCGUCUACAACAUAGGACACGAUGUUGUGACUCUCACGGAACCAGGCUUUCACUACUUCAUCACCUCAAAUCAACCUCAGUGCGUAUUGGGACAGAAGCUCGAAGUUCUUGUCAUCCACGACCCGUCACGUCCGGUUCCUCCACCACCACCGAGCAAGAUCCUUCCUGUCGGAAAUACCUACAAGGUCGGAGGAGACUCGGAAGGAUGGAAAGUAUAUGACAGUGACUUUUAUAACAAGUGGAGUGAGGAGAAACAGUUUCAUGUUGGAGAUACUUUGUUUUUUGAAUACGCCAACGAAGUCAGUGACGUGUAUGAAAUCAACGGUGAUCUAGAAUUCAUGACGUGCGAUCCAACGUCUCCUGUAGCUGUGCACAAGACAGGUCACGAUCUUGUUAGGCUUACGGAACCGGGAGUUCAUUAUUUCAUAACCUCACAUUCGGGUUCUUGUGAAGCUGGGCUUAAACUUCGAGUGAUGGUGGGACCACAACCCAAAGCUGUUGCUUUCUCUAAUUUUCCCAAGAAGGUGGACUUGUCAGCUUCGGAGCGCCUCAACAACUGGUCGAAGACUUUCAAAACCCAGCCCUCUCAUUAAACCAUUCAUUUUUCUUAAUUUGAUUUGAUUAUUUGUAACCAGUUUGGAGUUAUUGUUGUUUCUUUCUCUCGUCUACUUUAGCUUCUUUUAGUGCUUUGUUUCGUUGUCUAUCACAAUCGUUGUAGAGUUUAUGAGUGUUCAAUAAACUAUAUGUCUUUUGUUGCCUUCAUAAUAGAAUCCAAGUAGAGAAACGAUAUUAACAUGAGAGUACUUCAUUGAUGAACUCUUCUCCAUUCCCCUUUGAAUCCUUCAAGAUUUUUACUGCAACAUCUGUACCGCUUCCAUCGGGUAGUUUUCCUUUAUAGACUGUUCCAAAUCCUCCUUUCCCGAGAACAUGCACCAAUGAGUUUGUCAUCUUCUUGACUUAGGCAUAACUAUCGUUUCAACGUUACGAUUGCUUCAAUUAAUGUUUUGGCCGCUUCAAUCACUCUUUCUUUUAGCAUUCUUUGCUCACACCACUACCGUACUCGCAGCAGCAAUGAUCAUCACAAGUAAAGCUGUUGAGAUUCCUGUAAAAAAAAAACAAGACUAAAAACUUAUGUUUACAUGUACUCUACUAACCAUAACUUUGUAAAGGAAAAUCUUACCAGAGACGAACAAAUGGGAAGCAUAAUGAAAAUUCAUGGCAAUCUCUUAGUCAUUAGUCUCAAGUAAUAAGAAAAUUUAAGAAAAAAAAGAUAGGGAGAAGAGGAAAUAAAAAUAUUAAUUCAGUAUCUGACUAGAAAACCCUUUAUAUUUUCAUGGCCAAGGUAGAAUAGUAUUUUGCUUCUUUUGUUUGAUUUGAUGACUAUCAUAGGAAGGUGAUUUUUUUUUAUCUCAAAAUAAUCAUUACAACUUUUACUUAUGGGGCAUCAUUUACGCAGAGGAAAUAUACAAUGUUAAAGUCCAACAAUAUCAAACAUGAGUUUAGGAAGAUUGACUCUCAUCUACAAUAUCUCGAACCGUUUUUUUUUGGGGGAAGUUUAGAGUAUCUUGGCAAGGUGAAAGAGUUCAUCUCUCUAACUGGCUUGAUGUAGGCAUGCUUGAAGUCUCUUGACUCUCUUCAACAGAUACCAUUACCGCGGGUGAACCUAAGAGAGGCUUAGGUGGAACAUGCAAAGCCUCUAGACUCCCCUCUAACAUUUCAACAACUUUGUUCAUCGAUGGACGAUCUGAUGGAUUUGUUUGAAUACACCAUAAACCCACCAACACCAUUUUCUUCACUAACUUAUUUUCCUCCUCCGUCAUUUCAUCUCCAAAUAUUCUCCUGGUUUCUUCCCUCUCAAGAUCUUUAUAUAUCCAAUCUGGAAAAUAUAUUGAACUAUUGUUGGAUCCAGAGUGUUCAUGCAUUUCCCUUUCUUUGCUCCUACAAUCUCAAGAACCACCAUUCCAAAACUAUACACAUCCGACUUAUGAGAAACUCCUCCCAAGCUUUUUGAAAACACUUCAGGAGCAAUACCCUAUGGUCCCUCUUGCGUUGAGCAUUGAGAUGAUACUAUCUUUCUUUUUGCAAAGCUUAGCAAGACCAAAAUCUGCAAUCUUCGGACAAAGAUCUUGGUCCAUUAGUAUGUUUUGUGGCUUUAUAUCGAAAUGCACAAUCCUUGAUACACAACGGUUGUGCAAGUACUCUAGCCCUCGAGCGACACCGUCCGCUAUGUUGUAUAAAGUUUCCCACUCCAUCUUCGUUGACAUAUUCUCUGAAAUAUAUUUGUCGAGUGAUCCAUUUGGCAUAAACUCAUAAACUAUAGCUCUUUUGCUUCCUUCAUAACAGAACCCAAGUAGAGAAACGAUGUUAACGUGAGAGGUUCUACUCAUGCUAGCUACUUCAUUGAUGAAUUCUUCUCCAUUCCCCUUUGAAUCCUUCAAUAGUUUCACUGCAACAUCAGUUUGAUCUGUACCGCUUUCAUCGAGUAGUUUUCCUUUAUAGACGGUUCCAAAUCCUCCUUUCCCGAGAACAUGAGAGAAUGAGUUUGUCAUCUUCUUGACUUUGGCAUAACUAUAUCGUUUCAACAUUACGAUUGCUUCAAUGUUUUUGCCGCUCCAAUCACUCUUUCUUCUAGCAUUCUUUGCUCUCAGUACUAUUGUACUCGCAACAAUAGUGAUCAUCACAAGUGAAGCUGUUGAGAUUCCUGUAAGAAGAACAAGACUAGAAACUUAUGUUUUCAUGUGCACGAGUAAGAUAAAGAGUAUUGUAACAUGAUGGGUAGAGCGAGCGAAGGGUGUUACCGAGUAUGACUUUUAACUUCAGUGCAGGAUUAUCUUUAAUGAAUCAACACAAAAU